ACCGCCGACGCACGAUCGACCUCCGGGUCCCGCAUGCCGGCGCCCCGGUGCCACCUCCGGGAGGAAGGAGGGAGUCACGGGGCGGGAGUGGAUCCACCAGGAGGAGAAGCUGAGGGACCGUGAGUGCGAUCGCCCACCUUCUCCCCGGCGACCACCACCACCGGAUGCCCGGACCCGGCAGGUCGACUCCACCUUCAGUCCGCGGUGCGGCUGCGUGCCGUCGGUCUUCUGGCAGCUCUUCGCCGCCGCCAUGGGUUGCAUCCAAAGCCUCACCUGCAACAAGUCGCGCAUCCGGCGGGAGAACAUCGCGGUGUGCGAGCUGGCCGCCACCAUCGACCAUUGCCCCACGGCCAUCGAGGAGGACUCGCCCAUCGUGCUCCGCUACAAGACGCCUUACUUCAAAGCCUCGGCGCGGGUCGUCAUGCCGCCCAUUCCGCGCCACGAGACGUGGGUGGUGGGCUGGAUCCAGGUGUGCACUCAGAUGGAGUUCUACAACACCUAUGGAGACAUCGGCAUGUCGAGCUGGGAGCUGCCGCAGCUGCGAGAAGGCCUGGUGAGGGCCAUCAGCGACUCCGACGGCGUCAGCUACCCCUGGUACGGCAACACCACCGAGACCGUCACCAUCGUGGGCCCCACCUCCAAGCCGUCCCGCUUCACGGUUAGCAUGAACGACAACUUCUACCCCAGCGUCACCUGGGCCGUGCCGGUGAGCGAAUCCAACACGCCUUUGCUGAGCAACAUCAAGCGGGACCAGAGCUUCACCACCUGGCUGGUGGCGCUCAACGCCGCCUCCAGGGAGAAGAUCUUGCUGCACACAAUCAAGUGGCGGAUGAGGGUGGACAUCGCCGUGGAGCCCUCCCGGCCUCUGGGCUACAGGGCCUGGCUGGUGGGCCGCGUCCACCAGGAGCAGCCGCGCGUCUUGAGCCGCAUGGAGCCCAUCCCCACCAACGCCAUGGGGAGGCCCAACGCCAACGACGCGCAGGUUCUGAUGUGGCGGCCCAGGAGAGGUCCUCCGCUUGUAGUCAUCCCGCCCAAGUAGAGCUCACACUGUUGGCACAACAUCACAGUAACGGCCUUUUUCUCGUCCUAUUAUCCUGAGGGGGAACCACCGCCUUAAUUCCCCACCGCUGCCUUCGGUCACCCGGAAAGUCUCCUGGCACAGCACAACUGAGCAAGCAAACCCAACAUGGACGGACUGUAGCUACCAAGGCUCUGUAAACAAACAACAAAACAAUAAUUCCGGUACGACUAAAGAUCUUCAGCCUUAAAAAGAUACUUACCUAACCGACACCGGGGGCUGCUGAUGGUGUUCGUCGGGAGCCAGUGGUACAAAAGUCACCGCGGUAUCAAUCAGAACAGUGCAUUUGUAAAAGAGUGACUGUGUGUUUGUUUUCUAUAAUGGGUCCAGAUUGCUGCUGCUUUGUUACACUACACUGCCUCAACCUACACUUAUCUUGACAUAUUAUCAACAUCACCACAAGAAAACCUCCUCAGAUAAUGUCAGGGUUUUUUUUUUUUUUACAUUUAUUCAACUUUGUUGGGGGAUUAUCACACUUAACUGUAAAGGUCCCGGUUAUGCAAACUGGCCGUAUUAAUAAUAAAACGUGUCCCCAAAACCUGACACACACAACAUCUACCCUACUAAUGAUACAACUUUUGACCCCCCCCCGGCCCCCUUGGAUACGCUCACCACCUCAGGCUUCGCUACACAUCUUAAAACAAAGCCUGGCGCUCUUCUGUCAGUCAGAUAGAGACGUGAGAACUGUAAAUUUAAUUGUUCCCUUUUUCUUUAGGAAAUACGCCGACUUAGCAUUGCUGUUUACAUAAAGUCCAGGCCAAAAAUAUUGGGACCCCUGCAUUUCUGUCAGAUGAUGCACCACUACUCCUAUAAAAUUGUUGAAAUUACAAAUGCUUUGGUAUUCACAUGUGUAUUUAUUUUGUUUGCAUUGGAACAAUGGGAAUAGGUUGAUUGGCAACACUAAAUGUCAAUGUGAGUGUGAAUGGUGUCUGUCUAUCUGUGUUGGCCCUGCGAUGAGAUGGCGACUUGUCCAGGGUGUAUCCUGCCUACUCAGUGGCUUAGUGGUUAGAGUGUCCGCCCUGAGAUCGGUAAAUUGGGACUUCAAACCCCGGCCGAGUCAUACCAAAGACUAUAAAAAUGGGACCCAUUGCCUCCCUGCUUGGCACUCAGCAUCAAGGGUUAGAAUUGGGGGUUAAAUCACCAAAAAUGAUUCCCGGGCGCGGCACCUCUGCUGCUCACUGCUCCCCUCACUUCCCAGGGGGUGAUCAAGGGGAUGGGUCAAAUGCAGAGGAAAAAAUUUCCCCACACCUAGUGUGUGUGUGACAAUCAUUGGUACUUUAACUUAACUUUAACUUUCCGCCCGAAUGCAGCUGAGAUAGGCUCCAGCACCCACCCCGACCCCAAAAGGGACAAGCGGUAGGAAAUGGAUGGAUGCAUUGGAACAACACACAAAAAAAUAAAAAAGCUAAAUCUAAUAUUUUACACAGAACUAUAAACGCAUUUAAGUCCCAUCUUAAAACUCUUUUGUAUACACUAGCCUUUAAAUAGACCCGCCUUUUAGAAUAGUUGAUCUGCCGUCUCUUUUCUGCUCUGUCCCCCUCUCCUGCAUGGAAAGGGUUAUUAGGUGACCACAGAUGUUGCGCAAGCUGUUCAAAGUUGGGACCAAUCAUCUGUGCAUCAGUUGGGGACGUCUCUGCGUCCUGACUUGUCUCCACUCAAGAUGAUCUCCAGCUGGCCUCAAUAUGGACUGGACUCUCACACUAUUAACUAGAUCCACUCAAAGUCCAUUGCACCGGUUGCUCAGGGGGGGUCCCCACAUGUGCGGUCCCCUCCAAGGUUUCUCAUUGUAGCCCAUUGGGUUGAUUUUUUUCUUGCCCUGAUGUGGGAUCUGAACAGAGGAUGCUGUUGCGGCUUGUGCAGCCCUUUGAGACACUUCUAAGGAAGAUCAACUUUGAUUGAUUGAUUGAGAACUCCAAAAAUGGACUGGACAAAAUUAUUGGCACCUUCAAGUUAAUAUUUGGUAGCACAGCCUUUGGAAAAAACAACUAAAAUCAAUGGCUUCCCGUAACCAUCAAUGAGUUUCUUACUCCGGGGAUUUUGGACCACUCUUCUUUUGCAAACUGCUUCAGGUUUCUCAGAUUUGAAGGGUGAAUUCUUCCAACUGCUGUUUUUAGAUCUCUCCACAGAUGUUGUAUAGGAUUUGGAGCUGGACUGAUUGAUGGCCACUUCAGAACUCUCCAGUGCUUUGUCUUAAGCCAUUUUUGUGGGCUUUUGGAAGUAUACUUUGGGUCGUUGUCCUGCUGGAAGACCCAUGACCUCUGACUGAGACCCAGCUUUCUGACACUGGGCCCUACAUUAUGCCCCAAAAUGUUUUGGUGGUCCUCAGCUUUCAUGAUGCCAUGCACACAGUCAAGGCAUCCGGUACCAAAAGCAGCAAAGCAACCCUGAAAGAUCAGUGAACCUCCACAACGUUUGACGUGUAGAGAUGGUGUUCUUUUCUUCGAAGGCCUCAUUUUGUUUUGGAAACAGUGUGAUGAAAGCUCCACUUGAGUCUCUACAGGACGUUCUCCUAGAAGGAUUUUGGCUUCCUCUGCUAAGUUUCUGCAAACUCCAGUCUUGCUUGUUUAUGUCUCUGUGUCAGCAGCGGGGUUCUCCUGGGUUUCCUACAAUAGCAUCCCUUUUUAUUGAGAUGGCGACGGAUAGUUCGAGCUGACACUGUUUUACCCUGCGUCUGCAGGUCAGCUUGAAUUUGUUUGGAAGUGGAUGGAGGUUCUUUAUCCUCAAUUUUAACAAUCCUUCUUUGCAGUCUUUCAUCAAUUUUUCUCUUCCGUCCACAUCGAGGUAGGUUAGCUACAGUGCCAUGGGCUUGAAACUUCUUGAUGACAUUGCGCACAGUAGACACAGUAACAUUUAGAUCUCUGGAGAUGGACUUGUAGCCUUGAGAUUCUCCAUGCUUGGUUCUCAAAUAUUCUAAAAGUUCUUUGCUCUUUUUUUCUUUCCUCCAUGCUCAGUGUGGUACACACAACACAAAGGUUGAGUCAACUUUUCUCCGUUUUAACUGGCUGCAAGUGUGUUUUCUAUAUUGCCAGCACCUGUUACGUGCUAGAGGUGAGUUUAAUUACGAAUUAAAGGAGUGUCACAAGUUUCAAAUACAACUGUUUCUUACAAAGGUGCCAAUUCUAAAACAAUAUCAGAUUCGGGGGUUGUGUUGUUCCAAUGCAAACAAAAGACAUAAACAUGUGAAUACCAAAGCUUUUGUAAUUUCAACAAUUUUCUGGGUGAAGUGGUGCAUUAUCUGACAGAAACACAGGGGUACCAAUAUUUUUGCCCAUGACUUUAGAUGUGCCAAUAUUGGUGUUUGCCUUUCCAACUCCUUACGUUGGAUUAACGAUUUUCGUAAUUUAAGUGCACAAUAGCGUUUCUUGGGAGAGACGUAAACACAGCUCAUAAGCAUUAAAGCUACAGACUCACAACAACUUACUAAAAGCACUUUUAAAGGGUCUAAAUUCCAGCAUCAAGACUAGAUAGCGGACAACACACUCCCAUUACACUAUCGUGGUGGUUCUGACACUUAUUGAAAAUUGCUGAACAAUAGUAUAAUAUGGGACCUUUCAGUGAUUGGGAGAAAUAUAUAAGGCACAAAUGCUCACAUCCAGCUACUUUGCUUUUGAAAAGCCAGUGAUGCCUGCAAUGACCUUCUCAUCUCCAGCAUAACAGGAUUGUGUCUUUCUCUCGUGCGUUUUAUCUCAUCAGAACUGAAAGACGGCAUGCGGGAGGACAGGAUAUGUUUACAUGUGACAACGUGUGAAGUCUGUGGUGUUGUGUCAGGACUGACAAAGAUUUGAUGUUUACACUGAGAAAAAUAUACCUCUCUACGUGCGACUGUGUUACCAGGAUGGCGGCGCUAGAAUGUUGUUAUUUACAGCCUCUUAGACAUGUAGAUUCGAUUUGUGAAUUGUUUUGCUGGGUUUUGUUUGAAUCAUGAAAUGUAAUUAGUGAGUACUAAGAAUGAAAAUGGUACUGUAUUUCCUCUUAUUGUGACCAUUUGUCGAGUUCUGGCAUCUAUUAGGGUUUUGUUAUGUUUUUUACAAAUACCUUUUAUUUGUCCACAUCCAUUUUUGCUACAGGAAUAAUUAAGAAGUUGUUCUGGCAAGCAAAAAUCACAAUUAGUUGUUCAUGACAACUCUUUUCCCCUAAAAUAGGCAUUGAGGGUAAAAGUGUGUUUUAUCCGAAUACUCAAUUGAUCAAACAAACUAAUCGAUGGAUUAAUCGAUGACUUAAACCAGGGGUGUCCAAACUUUUUGACUAGGGAGCUGCAUUGGGCUCAAAAAUAAAUUUGGCCGGGGGCCGUAAGCAUACAAAGUAACCUAUAUAUACAUACACACACACACACAUAUAUAUACAUACACACACACACACAUA